CAUAAGUCAGUUUGUUGUUUAUAGGUGAAUAUAGGUGUAACAAUAGGUUGAAAUUUAUAAUACUUAAGUAUAUAAUAAUGCUUAAAUUUGUGGAAAACGCUUAUUUAUCUUUGCUGGAAAAAGAAAAAGAAGAAAAAGUGGAACUUGAGAAAGAAAAAAGGCUAAACGAGAAACUCAAAGCCAAACUUAAGGCUCUAGAAACAGAAAACUCAGAUCUAAGGCAAAGCUUCACUAAAAAUGAAGUAGAAAUAUUGACCAGAAAAAAUGAUUUAAACACUCUACUGGAUACUCUUCAAAGGGAACGUAGAGCUGUUUUAGAAGAAUCACAGAGGCUUCAAAUCACCAAGGAACAACUUGAUUCCAUAACCAAUCUUAUUGAUGAAUUGAAACCAAUAAAGGAGCGACUAGAUUUCAAAAAAAAUGUCACUGAAUGCUUACACAAUCUUCUAAUAAAAACCAAAUUGAGGAUAGCGGAAAGUGAGGAUAUUUUACAAGAGUUGCACGAUUACUUAACCCAGCUUGAGUAUGAUGUGGAAAAAACUAAAGAUGUUCAUAGACAUGGAGUGGGGCAUUGGCAAGAGGAAUUUUUAACUGCCAGGCUUAGAGAAGCUGACGUUAUCCUAGAGUUCGACAAGUUAAAGAGGGAAAUAGCAACUAUCAAACAUGAUUUAGAAGAAAAAGCGUUAAUACGUGAAGCAACAGAAAUGGUACAAGCCAAAUCUGGGGAAAGUUCUGCAAAAAAUAAUUUUAUAGAUAAAAAUAAUAAAUUGUAUGAAGACAUAUUGAAAGAAGAGGAAGCUGCAAUCGCCAACACUAUCGAUUUCCAGAACGAAAUUGAUUUUUUGAAACAGCAGCUGAAAAAGUUACAAGAUCAAAAAUACGAUUGCGAAAGAAACAUAAAAUCGAACGAAGAAAUUAAAAUGCAACUGAACGAAGUCAGAAGAAGCAUAUGGCUACGGGAAUUCGAGACUAAUCAAAAAACUGAAAAUUUAAAAGAAAAAUAUAAAAAUUUGGCUGAAAAAAUGUUUCAAGAACUCACCAGGAUACAAAACAAUAUCGAAGAUAAAGAUUUGGCAAUAGCGAGAAUUGAGGAGAAAAUUAAAGAGCUGGAAAAGAUGAACAAUUCACUAGAGCAUGUCUUAAAAAAUACGCCUUUAGAAGACCCAGCCUGUCAAUUAGAAGAACAGAAAACCGACUUAGAAAAAGAGGUGGUUAAUUUCAAAUUUAUUGCAAUUUAUGCAAUAUAUGUAUUUUAUUUUUUUCAGAUUGUGAGGCUAAAAAAAACUUGACUGGAAUUUCACUGGGCUUCUUGUAAGCGAGAUAUAUGAAAUAUGACAGAUUUUAUAAAUGUAGUUUUUUUUUAAAUAUACCUAUUUGUUUUAAU